CUGCAACUAAACUUCCCCCACACCCUCAUCAAAACAACAUCCAUCCAUCCAUACAUCCAUACAUCUACAGAACCAUCCUGUGGAAAUGAUACGCAGAGGCAGAACCGAGGGAUGGCUCAAACAGCCCAUUGAUGCAUUGCCUACCUGGGCCACUUUUCAUGGCGUCACCUUCAAUAAGGUCAAAAUUGGUCCCCUGCCUGGCCAUGAGGACAGAGGUUCAACCGUCAUCGCCGACCAGAACCUCCAAGGCAGCAAUGUCGACCCUCUCAUCGUAGUGCCCAAAGAAUUGAUCAUCUCUCGUCAAAAUAUACAUCUCCUUGCAAAGUCGGAUCAUCGUCUACAUGAUCUUCUUGAAGCCCUUGGAGACUUCGGAAGGACAACAAGAGGCGCCGUGCUCUCAUUCCUGCUCCUCCAAGCUACCAUCUGUUGCCCAGACACAAAGGAGGUGGGUCUGCUGAACCCUCUAACGCAGUAUAUCAAGUUUCUCCCAGAUGAGCUUCUUCCCACUUUUUGGACAGAAGAGGAGCGGGAGCUUCUGGUCGGAACUACUCUCAAGCCUGCUGUCAGUGCAAAGCUCAACAGUCUACUGCGCGAGUUCGAGAACCUGCGGACCGCUACAGAAUCCAUCCCAUGGUGCAAUAAGUUUUGGUGGGACGAAGAAGACGGCAUGCUCACCUUUGAUGAUUGGAUGCGAGUCGAUGCCAUGUACAGGUCCAGAGCCUUGGAAUUUCCAGGUGCUGGCGAUUGCAUGAUGCCAUGCGUUGACAUGGCCAAUCACGCAUCGGGUAAUGCCACAGCCGCCUUAUAUGAAACAGAUAGCAACGGAAAUGGCUUGCUCCUGCUUCGAGAGGGCCAAAACAUUGAACAAGGGGGCGAAGUAACAAUCACGUAUGGUGACAACAAAGGCGCGUGCGAAAACAUCUUUUCAUAUGGAUUUCUCGAAGAUGGCAUGACCUCUGCAAAAGUCAUGUUCCUGGAUCUUGACAUUCCAGACGAUGAUCCUCUCAGACCUGCAAAAAUCUAUGUUUCAACAGAAGCGCCAGGAUUCCGCAUCUUCGAAAAAGACGGCGAGAUAGAUUGGGAGGGCGACUUCAUAUGGCUUGUUGUAGUCAAUGAGGAAGAUGGAUUAGACUUCAAGGUCAGGCAAACCACUGAUGGCAAGAAAAGUAUCCAGGGUUUUUGGAGAGAGAGUGAGCUGGAUACCUCUAAGCUACGUAAACAUCUUGAAGAGGACGCAACUUGGGACGUUUUCCAGCUGCGUGCGACAGUCCUCUUGCAAGCCCGCAUUGAUACGCAGAUCGAGGCGCUCAGGGGUGCUCAAGGCAUCAAGCGCGAGGACACUAUUCGCGAAUUACCAUGGAAACUAGCAGAGCGGCUCCGAAGCUUAGAGCUGAACAUGCUCCAACGUGCCACAUCCCUCUUUGACAAACAGAAAGCAAGAUUGUUAGACUCACCCACUGUCAUACAUUAUCUAGGUAUGGAUGAACAGGAGGAAGAAGUUGAUUUUUCUUGAGGACGCAUCCAUCGAUCCAAUCCUACCUGCCUUCUAAUAGGCACGGCGAUAUUAGUGACGGAUCAUCCGGAAGCAAGCGCAUCCACCAUAAAACAUACUACGAAGUAGUGAUUCUCUGCCGUGCACAUCGCGUCGCUCACUCAUAUGAUAAUGCACUUUCUCCUACGGCUGGCGCACAGGUAUUUAAUAUUUAAUACUAGAGUAUAGCUUCAGCAGUCAUGAUGAGUUGUAGUGUGUAUACUGUGUAGGUAAUACGAUCACGCCACGUCGUACGUUCCACAGAGAUCAGCUACCCAAUACCAAUGAACGGUAUGCAAGAUGUCUUUUCUGCAAAGCUAAGAAGGGUGAUCCUCGUGGCUUGAGUGGGAUCAACAGCUUGUCACGUUGUGUACUAAGCAGCAUUCUUCUAGAACAAUAUCAGGGUGGCUCAGGAUUGCGCUGGUUUGCUUG